AUGGCUUCGCAGUGGUUUCUGGCCGCGUCCGCCGCGCACGGCGCGACGGCCCAUCCUGCGAAACCCAUCCCCGGCGAGCCGCAGUGCUCCUGGCCGCCUCCCAUCCUCGACCCAACACGCGACUUUGACUUUACAGAGUGCUUCGAGCUCGCUGUCCUCCUCCCUGCUCCCCUACUUCUGACUUGCCUCGUUGCAAUCUUCCAGAUUAUCACCCAGCGCCAAAAGCUGCGGCGCACCGGUCAGGGCUCGCUCGAUUGGGUCGUACGCGGCUGGCGCAACGAGCGCGUCGCACGCGUCAAGUCCAGUUUGCUCGCUUUCUCCGCUAUCCUGGCAGCCGCUGCCGCUGGCCUCGCCGCGGUCCACAUCAAAGCCAGCCCGUACGCAUUCGUCCACUUCACCCUCCUCGCCAUCACCUACGCUCUUCUGAGUUACCUCGUCUGGCUGAACCACCACACCUCCCGCACCAGUAGCACGCUCACCCUGCUCUUCUUCCCACUCUAUGCGGCGGUAACUUCCGUGUGCGUGCGCACGGCCGUGGCCACUGGUGCACUGACUGGGGAGCACACGCUCGGUGGCCGGCUUCUCAUCGCCCGUGAGAGUCUUUGGUUCGCCUCCAUUGGCAUUGGGUUCUUUGCGUUCGUGCUGGAGCUGUAUAGCCCCGACAAGCACUGGGGCGGGUGGCGCGCACUGUUCUCGCGCGAUGGCAAGAUUCGCCUCGAGGACGAGGAGGACGACGUCGAGCCCGUCGGCAAGGACGACUACGAGGUUGAGAGCCCCGUCGCCACUGCCAACAUCUUCCAGCGGCUCACCUUCUCGUGGCUCACCCCGCUUCUGAACCUCGGAACCCACAAGUUCCUCGGCGAAGAGGACAUGUGGCUCCUUCCUCCCGACGACAGCGCCGAGGCGCUCAGCGAGCGCUUGCAGCGUGCAUGGGAACGCGAGCUGGAGCUCGUCAAGGCCGGCAAGAAGGCUGAGCCGAACCUCAAGAUGGCCAUCUUCAAGGCCUAUGGCGGACCGUACAUUAUUGCGGGCAUAAUGAAGGUCGUGUACGACUUGCUCUCGUUCUCGCAGCCCCAGCUCCUCCGCCUCCUCCUCCUAUUCGUCGGCUCGUACGAGACAGCCCAUCCGCUUCCGGCCACCGCCGGCUUCGGAGUGGCUAUCUUGAUGUUCGUCGUCGCGAACAUCGCCACGGGCCUGUUGCAUCAGUACUUUGACCGGUGCUUCCUGACGACAAUGCGCGUUAGGACAGGUCUCGUCACGCUCAUCUACCGCAAGUCGCUCAAGCUGUCGCAAGGCGAGCGGUCGGGCCGCACAUCCGGCGACAUUGUCAACCUCCAGAGCGUCGAUGCCGUGCGCAUUGGCGACAUUGCGCAGUAUGGGCACAUUGCGUGGUCUGGGCCCUUCCAGAUCAUCCUCGCGUUUGUGCUGCUCUACCGCCUCGUUGGGUGGCAGGCAUUCGUCGGCGUCGGCGUCAUGGUCUUCUCGCUCCCGCUCAACACGUACCUCGCGCGCGUGAACAAACGGCUCCAGCGCCAGCUCAUGAGCAUCAAGGACGUGCGUACGCGCCUCAUGAGCGAGAUCCUCAACAAUAUCAAGAGCAUCAAGUUGUACGGCUGGGAGAAUGCCUUUUCCGCAAAGGUGUUCGACGCGCGCAACAACAUGGAGCUCACCAUGUUGAAGAAGAUUGGCAUCGUGCAGUCGUGCUCCAACUUCUUCUGGUCCACUACGCCGUUUUUAGUCGCGUUCGCAACGUUCUCGAGCUACGUGUUCACGGCCGACGACCCGCUUACGGCCGCGAUCAUCUUCCCCGCACUGGCGCUGUUCACGCUGUUGGCCUUCCCGAUGAGCGUCUUCAGCAACAUCAUCAACAGUAUUGUCGAGGCGCUGGUCUCAGUGAACCGCAUCGAGAGCUUCCUCGCGGCUCCGGAGAUUGAUCCCAACGCUCGCAAGGUCAUUGAAUGUGACCCCAGAGUCGGCGAGGAGGUGGUGACGAUCAAGAACGGAGAGUUCCGCUGGGUGCACGACUCGCUCGAGCCUGCGCUUCAGGACAUCGAUAUCGGUGUCAAGAAGGGCGAGCUGUUGGCGGUGAUCGGCCGUGUGGGCGACGGCAAGACGUCGCUCCUCGCCGCGAUGCUUGGCGAGAUGACUCGCUCCGAAGGUUCCGUCACAUUGCGCGGUGAUGUCGCGUACUUUUCACAGACCUCGUGGAUUCUCAGUGCUACAGUCAAGGACAACAUUGUGUUUGGGCACCGCUUCGACCCUGUUUUCUACGACAUGGUGCUGGACGCAUGCGCCUUGCGGUCCGAUCUCGCGAUCCUACCGGAUGGACACAUGACCGAGGUUGGCGAGAAGGGCGUGUCCCUCUCGGGAGGCCAGAAGGCGCGAAUUUGCCUCGCGCGUGCGUGCUACGCCCGUGCCGACAUUUAUCUGCUGGACGACCCGCUCUCCGCGGUGGAUGCUCACGUGGGCCGACACAUCUUUGACGCCGUCAUUGGCCCAAACGGUCUGCUGAAGAACAAGGCCCGCAUCCUGUGCACGAACGCAGUCAACGUCCUUCCCCAGGCAGACCAGAUCGUCAUGCUCCGGCGCGGCAUCAUUCUUGAGCGCAACAACUACGCCAACGCCAUGGCAGACCCGAGUAGCGAGCUGUACAAGCUCAUCACUGGUCUCGGGAAGAUGACCGCACGAGGUGAGGAGAGCGGCGUGGUGACGCCGACGAUCGUCGCCACCUCCGAUGAGGACGAGUUUGACGAGCCUAUGGAUGUGGACGAGAGUGAUAGCCAGCGCAAGCGCCGUGCAGCCCGACGUGCGUCGACCGCAACUCGUCGCGCGUCGGUUCUCUCCCUGCGCCAAGCGAAACGCGACGCCCUCCGUGACCUCCGCGAGAGCGCCAAGCCCAAGGAACAUUCCGAGAAGGGCCAGGUCAAGCGCGACAUCUACCGCCGCUACCUGACCGCCGCCAGCUGGUGGGGCGUGGUCAUCUUCGCGACCUGCAUUGCCUCCUCGCAGGGCAUGGGUAUCCUCAGCACCUACAUCCUGCGACUGUGGGCCAAGCUCAACGAGGCCGCUCAAGCCAACGUCCAGGUCGCCAAGUAUCUCUUCGCAUACGCGGUCACGGGCUUCUCGCAGGGUGCGCUGUCCGUCCUCGCCGUUGCCAUUUUGCGGAUCUACUCCGGCCUCCGCGCGGCCAGGAUCAUGCACGACCUCAGCUUCCAGAGCCUCAUGCGCGCUCCGCUGUCGUUCUUCGAACUGACGCCCACCGGUCGCAUUCUCAAUCUCUUCACCCGCGACAUCUUCGUCAUUGACGAGGUGCUCGUAAUGGGGCUGGGUCAGUUCUGCCGCACCGCCAUGCAGGUGUUGUCCGUCGUUGUCGUCAUUGCCAUCGGCGCACCGCAAGUCCUCGUCGUCUUCAUCCCACUAGGCUACAUCUACCGCAUGGUGAUGAGAUACUAUCUUGCGACGUCGCGCGAACUCAAGCGCCUCGACGCGAUCUCGCGCUCGCCGAUCUUCAGCUUCUUCGGCGAGACUCUCGCGGGCCUCCCCGUCAUUCGCGCGUACCACCAGCGAUCCCGCUUUAUUGCGAACAAUGAGGCGCGUGUCGACCGGAACCAGGCAUGUUACCAGCCCGCAAUGUGCAUCAACCGCUGGCUCGCUGUGCGCCUCGAGUUCCUCGGUUCGUGUCUGAUGUUCUCCACGGCGCUCGCCUCGGUCGCGAUGACGGUCUACACCACGGGGAGAGUCGACUCUGCCCUUGUAGGCUGGCUCAUGAACUACACGAUCUCCGUGACGGGCUCGCUGAACUGGCUCGUGCGGACCGCCUCCGAGGUCGAGCAGAACAUCGUGUCGGUCGAGCGUGUCCUCGGUUACGCCAAUCUCGCGUCCGAGGCGGCAGAGGAGGUGCCCGAAACCAAGCCUCCCGCGUCGUGGCCGGAGCGCGGUGACAUCGAGUUUGACGCCUUCUCCAUGCGCUACCGCCCCGAGCUGGCCCUCUGCCUUAACGAGGUCAGCGUUAAGAUCCAGGGCGGCGAGCGCGUCGGCAUCGUCGGUCGCACUGGCGCGGGCAAGUCGUCCCUCACCCUUGGUCUGUUCCGGAUCCUCGAGGCGGCACAUGGCCGUAUCUUCAUCGACGGAAUUGAUAUCGCGACCCUCGGCCUCCGUGACCUCCGCAGUGCGGUGAGCAUCAUCCCGCAGGACCCGCAGCUCUUCGAGGGCAGCCUCCGCAACAACAUCGACCCUACCAACAAGGCCUCGGAUGCAGCGAUUUGGCAGGCUCUUGAGCAGGCCCACCUCAAGGACCACGUGAUCUCGAACAUGGGUGGCACGUUGGAUGCCGAGGUGGCCGAGGGCGGCUCGAACCUCUCUGCCGGCCAGAGGCAGCUGGUGUGCUUCGCUCGCGCUCUGUUGCGGCGCACGAAGAUUCUCGUCCUUGACGAGGCCACUAGCUCUAUCGAUCUCGAGACGGACGAGGCUGUGCAGGCAAUCCUGCGCGGGCCAGACUUUGCUGGUGUGACGACGCUCACCAUCGCGCACCGCAUCAACACGAUCAUGGACAGCGACAAGGUGCUCGUCAUGGACCAGGGAAGGGUGGCCGAGUUUGACACGCCUGAGGCCCUCCUCAGCAACCCUAUGAGCAUCUUUGGGAGCCUCGUCAACGAGGCGGGUCUGAGCAGUGUUCCUCCCUCGCGCGCUGUCAGCCGCCCAGUCUCCCCACCAGCCCAGUAG